AAGUCUCUCUAUUUUCAGACAUGGUUGUCCUGUUUCCACAGAGGUGCAAGACUUUAUAUUGCUGUUCAGGAUGAUCCCACUGUGAGGAAAAAUGUGAUGGCUGCCCAGACAGGGCUUGGGGGUCAGAGGAUUAAAUGUCUUUUCUGAGAUGUAUGUUUCCUUUUCAUCAUGUUAGUAACUUCUUUCAUGUGCUCCAUUGUCCCUCCAGACCUCCCACAGCAACAUGUCUGUGAAGAGGGAAAGGGUCUCACUAAUGGACAGCUCUGUAACCAGGAGAACAACUUUAGUCAGGACCAUGAGGACCCAGAGACUCCACAGAUUAAUGAGGAACAGGAGAAACUCUGCACCAGUCAGCAGGGAAAGCAGAUUGUACUGAAUCAAGCGACUGAUACCUUUCUACUGACUUCAACUGAUAAGGACAAUGACCACAGUGAAGUAGAACCAAACAGCGAGCAGCUCGUCUCUUACACUUUAGCAGUAGGUGAGAGCCCACAUCAGGACGGAAGUAAACAUGUAGACCCAGAGUCAACUAGAAAUGCUGCGCUGAAGCCAAAGAAGAGUCACAAGAGAAAGAGCAGUCACAGUAACAAUGUGGACAAAUCUUCAUUGUCAGGAGUUCACAAUGAUACUGAUGCAGGUAGAAAGUCUGUAAAAUGUGAUGUUUGUGGAAACACCUUUAUGAAUAAGUGCCAACUCAAGAGGCAUCACCAAAUCCACAAAGGUGUAAAACCACAUUCUUGCAAUACAUGCGGAAAAAGUUUUAGUUUCCGGUAUGAUCUGAAAGUCCAUAUGAGAACUCACACAGGUGAGAGGCCAUAUUCUUGUGAAACAUGUGGGAAAAGUUUCUGUGAUAAUAGUAAUCUGAUUGCCCACAUGAGAACUCACACAGGUGAGAGGCCGUAUUCUUGUGAAACAUGUGGGAAAAGUUUCAGUCAAAAUAGUAGUCUGACUGCCCACACAAGAACUCACACAGGUGAGAAGCCGUAUUCUUGUGAAACAUGUGGGAAAAGUUUCAGUCAAAAUAGUAAUCUGACUGCCCACAUGAGAACUCACACGGGUGAGAGGCUGUAUACUUGUGAAACAUGUGGGGAAAGUUUCAAUACAAGUAGGCAUCUGACUGCCCACCUGAGAACUCACACAGGUGAGAGGCUGUAUUCUUGUAAAACAUGUGGGAAAAGUUUCAGUCAAAAUAUUAAUCUGACUGCCCACACAAGAACUCACACAGGUGAGAAGCCGUAUUCUUGUAAAACAUGUGGGAAAAGUUUCAGUCAAAAUAGUAAUCUGACUACCCACAUGAGAACUCACACAGGUGAGAGGCUGUAUACUUGUGAAACAUGUGGGAAAAGUUUCAGUCAAAAUCAUAGUCUGACUGUCCACCUGAAAACACACUCAGGGGAGAAGCGUAGUCCUGGAACAUCAGUGAGAACAAAGCUUGAAACAACACAAAUUCAUUCACAUCGUUCAGAGUAAAAGUAAGUCUUGUGGAUUUAAAGUGCCUUGAACUCGUUUUGGUGAUUCUUUUUCUUCGUCCCCAUACAUUUGUGUUAUUCUUUAACCUAGCUGUGGACACAUAAGAUGUUUUUGUCUAUAAAUAUUAAUGCUCGUCACGCAGGUCGUUUCCAUUUUCAGAUGUUACGGCCUGUAAUGAACCGAGGUCCAAUGUGUAUUAGUGAGUUUCUUACUUGUCGAGGGAUCAAACUGAAUUUGAAAAGCACUGAAUGUCAAUCCUUUAUCUCUGCAUGAUUUUUUAACAUUUGAUUUUAGGAUUUCAUUUCUGUCAUAUUUUUAUGUUAAACAGGAGUGUUAUGUGUGCUACAGCUUCAGUCUCAUGUCUAAUUGAUGCACCUUUGUGUCGCAGUGUUUUUAUUUCACUUCAGGCCUUCAGCUGAGUGUUGUAGUUACUGAGAGUCCGUAGACAAGCACUGUUUCAGCACGAAGCACUUGAACUGUAUUUGAGAACUUGAACUUGAUUGUUUUGUUUGGAAUAUGAAGUUUUAAAUGUAAAGCAGUUGUCGUGAAGAAAGAGCAGGCAUGUUUGUGGCACGUUUCUUUGUACAGUUGUACAUAAUA